AAACUUUUCUCCCUGCUUAGCCCACCGUACAUCUUAAAUGCCUUCGCUUAAUUUGACAGCUGUGCACACAAUGGCAGAGGUCGGGAGUUUUCUGGGGACACUCGACUUGGAUUUACAAAGCUUUCCUGCGCUGGGGAAUAUGCCCUUACCAGAGUCUCCAGUAGGCUUGAAUGAGCGGCUGGGGCAGAUUGAAGGCAGGCUGCAGCGGGGGUCGCCGACAGAUUUCGGGCACCUCAAAGGGAUCCUGAGGCGGCGGCAGCUAUACUGCAGGACCGGCUUUCAGCUGGAGAUAUUCCCCAAUGGCACAGUGCAUGGGACAAGACAGGACCACAGCAGAUUUGGUAUCCUGGAGUUCAUCAGUCUGGCAGUGGGUCUGGUCAGCAUCAGAGGGGUGGACGCCGGUCUCUACCUCGGCAUGAAUGAGAAAGGAGAGCUCUAUGGGUCGAAAAAGCUGACAGCAGAAUGUGUGUUCAGGGAGCAGUUUGAGGAGAACUGGUACAACACUUACGCUUCGACUCUGUACAAGCACACGGACACGGGACGCUUCUAUUACGUGGCUUUAAACAAGGACGGCUCGCCCAGGGAGGGUGGCAGGACUAAGAAGCACCAGAAACUCACCCACUUCUUACCCAGGCCGGUGGAGAUAGAGAAGAUCCCUCAGGCUUACAGGGACUUAUUCCAGUACAGGUGACCAGUGCUCACACUGGGAGAACUGGUUACAGUUGGGGGCACGGAAAUAAACAAAGAGGAGGAGGAUGAGGAGGAGGAGGGGGUGGGGGCGGGUGUUGUGGAUAUUUUAGACCUGGUACAGAACUGUUUACCCUCAGCUCCCCCUGAGGUCACUGUGUUUGCACCUCGGCCCGCUGCCAAGCACGUACGGCAGUGACAUAAACAUUGCGCAUGUUCCUGGAUGUUGCUUCUUUGCAGUGGACUCGUAACCUCAAAAAGGAGGGAAAGCUUUCUCACGAAAACCACUGCGGACAUGGGCCAGCCGUGGGUCGAUCAGGAAAAAUCGAAUCAGGUGCCAUGGCUUCUCAAUAACCACUUUUAAGGGUGUAGAUACUGAAGUGACGACCAACGGAGACGUGGCUCUUUGUGGUUUUGAGCAGCACUGAGCUGGUUUGAAGAGACUUUUCGGAGCUCUAAAUGACAGAAAGCACUGCGGGUGUCACAUUGUGCAUUCAUCAUGCACUACACACACAGUCACGUUGACAUAUGUAAGAGAGAGCACAUUCCACAUAUGCUAAGAUAGAUAGAAAGUAAGGGUUUGGGUUUGUCAGGUACUACAGAAUCUGCAAGAGGACUGUCUGUGAGGUGACUGUUAGAUGGUGAACUGGAGUUUUUAUUGAGUUUUCUUCCAAAUCAAAGAUAAAAGAGGGGAACAACAUCUCUGUGAUGACUGUGGGAUUGAUGAAACAGCACUUACUGCACAUCCCGAGUCCCAGCUGAGUCUAAACGUCACAUUCAUCCCAUUUCAAUAAAAUAUCAAGCAGCGCCUUUUAGGAAUUAUAUACAAAACAUGCAAUGACGCUCCGGACGAAAGCACUUCUCUGACUGUGGCUGUAAAGACUAAGAUGGGUUUUCUUUAAAGGAUGGUGACUUGUAAUGUUCAGAGUGUCAGGAACAUUAUUAAAAAUGCGAGCAGCUGAGGUGUACAUAUGGGUGAUCCUAUUUAUGAGAUGUACAAUAUAUUUAUUUUCUACAUAUAAAGUAUAAAUGUAAAUCUAUAUAUUUAUUUAUUGCAAAGACUUUAUUUUGUAAUGAACUUGAAGUUAUCUGGACUGCAGAUUCUACUGAAAUGACACCAAAAAAGAGAAAAAACAAAACAAAACACAACAAUGAAGAACUGCAAUGAACAUGACAAUAAAAUUGUCCUGCUAUCGAGAACUCAUUGUGAGAGACUAUUUUUGCUUGGAUUAAAGUCUGAUGUAUCAAUUAAAACCAGAUAUAUAAUAUA